AUGGGCUCACUUCGAUCACAUUAUCAUCCCUAUCACUUAUCUUUCCCCACACAGUUCACAUCUGCCUACCUUGUGGUGGCUCGUGUCCUCUACUUCCCUCUCGAUUUCCCCCUACCGGAUAUCCCUCGAUCAUCACUCGCGGGCUCCAAACAUAUGUCAAAUUGGUGUCAAAACACCCAAUGGCUAAUUGACAUCCGUCUCAACAAGGUGAGACACCAAAAAGAAAACUAUUGUUGGUUUGAACGCUAUUACAAGUUUAUCGGAUAUCAUCUCAAUUGUGAUUGUUUGAGU